UUCACUCCAUUUGCUAGCUACCACUAAUUAAUAGGCAUGAAAGUAUCACCCUUGCAUUGCCACAGACAACAUAACAUCAGCUUCCUCAAGCUCUUCAUGUUCUCAGUCCUUGGCUGUAUCACCAUGCAUGUUUCAGACCCUGACGUGCCUUCCUCCCUCAAAACACUAAGCCUUGAGGGCCAUUUCAGCUUCGACGAUAUCUCCUACACCGCCAAGGACUUUGGAAACCGCUUCCACUUCUUACCAUCUGCUGUCCUGCAUCCCAAGUCGGUCACUGAUAUCUCUGCCACUGUGAAGCAUGUCUUUGGAAUGGGUUUGAGCUCCAAGCUCACGGUCGCAGCUCGAGGCCAUGGGCAUUCUCUCGGAGGCCAGGCGCAGGCGUCUGGAGGCAUUGUCAUCCAGAUGCAGUCUCUCCGGGAAGCCGAGACUCGGGUGCAUGUCGGAGAGUUCCCAUAUGUGGAUGCCUCAGGAGGUGAGCUGUGGAUAAAUGUUCUGCUGGAGAGUCUCAAGCAUGGCCUUGCGCCGAAGUCCUGGACCGACUACCUCCACCUCACCGUCGGGGGCACGCUGUCGAAUGCCGGGAUCAGUGGGCAGGCCUUCCGGCAUGGCCCGCAGAUCAGCAACGUCCACCAGCUGCAAGUUGUAACAGGGAGAGGAGAAAUAAUGAACUGCUCUGCUGAAGAGAAUGCUGACCUCUUCCAUGGCGUUCUUGGAGGUUUAGGUCAGUUUGGAAUCAUCACAAGAGCCAGAAUUGCACUUGAACGUGCACCAGAGAUGGUGAAGUGGAUUAGAGUUCUGUACUCGGAUUUCACCAGCUUUACUGAGGACCAGGAGAUGCUAAUAUCAGCAGAGAAGACUUUCGACUACAUCGAAGGCUUCGUGAUAAUAAACAGGACAGGACUUCUGAAUAACUGGAGAUCUUCAUUCAACCCACAAGACCCGGUUCAAGCCAGCCAAUUCAAUUCUGAUGGGAGGAUCCUUUUCUGCCUCGAGAUGACUAAAAACUUCAAUCCAGAUGAGUCUGACAUGUUGAACCAGGAAGUCGAAACACUCUUGUCGAAACUUCGUUACAUACCAUCGAUGUUGUUCCAAUCGGAGGUAUCAUACCUGGAGUUCUUGGACAGAGUACAUGUCUCUGAAGUGAAGCUGAGGUCCCAAGGCUUGUGGGAAGUUCCACACCCAUGGUUAAAUCUUUUCAUACCAAGAACCAGAAUCCAUGACUUCGCCAAAGAGGUCUUUGGCAAAAUUCUUACAGAUAGCAGCCAUGGUCCCAUACUCCUAUACCCACUUAAGAAAUCGAAGUGGGACAACAGAGCAUCAGUAGUCAUUCCAGAUGAGGAAGUCUUCUACUUGGUGGCCUUCCUUUCCUCGGCGCCACCGUCAUCCGAUCAUGACAGUUUAGAACAUGCAUUGAAACUGAACGAUAAGAUUUUAGACUUCUGCCAGAAAGCAGGCAUCCAAAUGAAGCAAUAUCUGCCGCACUACACCGCAAAAGAAGAGUGGAAAGCCCACUUUGGGGACAGAUGGGAGAUGUUUGCUUGGAGAAAAGCCACUUAUGACCCACUGGCCAUUCUAACUCCAGGGCAACGAAUUUUUCAGAAGGCAGUACUUUCCUCAUGACAUUAACUUUUACGAAGUGUUCA